AUGUCAGUCACACAGGCAGCUUUCCAGGCCGAAAAGGCCGUCGGUCACGAUGGCAGCACCAUCACACAACAAGAUGUCACCAACUACACAGAAAGCGGCAGGAGCGAGACUAUGAAAGCGCUCGUCUGGCAAGCCAAGAACAAGGUUGAGGUUAUCGAUACUCCCCGGCCCAAGAUCAUUGAGCCCCGAGAUGUUAUUCUGAAAGUCACCGGAAGCACUCUUUGCGGAAGUGACCUGCAUUUACUUCACGGCACCGUUGUCCAAAUGGCCAAGGGCGACAUCCUCGGCCACGAGUUCUGCGGCAUCGUAGACGAGGUUGGGUCCGAGGUCACGGGCAUCAAGAAGGGCGGCCGCUACGUCGCGUCCUUCCAGAUCGCCUGCGGCGACUGCUUCUUCUGCAAGCAGAAGCUGUCGUCGCAGUGCGAGCGCACCAACUCCAACACGACCGAGCACGCCAUGUACGGCGGCCAGACGGCGGGCAUGUUCGGGUAUUCGCACUUCACGGGCGGCUUCGCCGGCGGGCAGGCCGAGUACGUGCGCGUGCCGCUGGGCGACCUGAACCUGCUGCCCAUCCCGGACGGCGUGCCCGACGAGAAGGCGCUGUACCUGUCCGACGUGCUCGCCACCUCGUACAACUGCGUCAAGGACACGGCCGUGUACAAGGGCGACGAGGUUGCUAUCUGGGGCGCCGGGCCUAUUGGUCAGAUGUGCGGCAUCUUCGCCAUCAACGAGGGCGCGUCUAAGAUCAUCUUUGUCGAUGAGGCGGUCAGGCUGGACCUGGUCAAGAGCAAGUGGCCCGCGGAGCACCAGGACAAGCUGCACCUUGUCGACUUCAAGAAGCUGAGCUUUGGCGUCACCAACAAGCCCACUGUCGUCAGCACGCUCAAGGAGCUGUGUGGUGGCCGUGGCCCCGAUGUCGCUCUGGAGUGUGCUGCUGGCGAGUACCCCAAGGGGUGGAUGCACUCGGUUGAGAUGGCAGUCGGUGCUGAGACAGACACCAGCGAGCUGGUCAAUGAGAUGAUUGAGAGCGUGAGGAAUUUCGGUCGAUGCGGCAUUACUGGUGUUUAUGUCGGAUACACAAACCACUUCAACAUCGGAUCCCUGAUGGAGAGGGGCAUUCGACUGAUCGGAAACGGACAAGCCCCAGUUCACCUGUACUGGGAGAAGUUGAUGGAGGACAUCAAGUCCGGGAAGCUGGAUCCUCUCCAAAUGGUUUCCCACCGCAUCAGCCUGGAGGACUUGGACAAGGUCUACUACAAGUUUGCAGCCCACGAGGAUGGUAUCCAGAAGAUCUUUGUGGAGACAAAGCACUCAUUCCCCAAGGCUGCCGGGUCUCCUGAGUUGACGCGGUAUUAA